GCGCCAAAUCUCGUCCACUCGUCAAUCUCGCCCUGUCAUGAAGUAAAACGUCUGAUCGUUACCAAACACCAUACUCAGGUGCAAUGGAUUCUUCAUCUCAUGCCGACGACCAGCCUGCGCAGCAUCAGCAGCAUGCAGAGUCGGAGAACCCGUCGCAAACCGAUAGCCGAAAUUCAAAUAGAGCCCAGGGACAAGGCCUAUCCGAAAGCUUCCAUUCGACUGACACGAUCCGGCGCAGGCCUGAAGGCUAUGGCACCGUAGCCAACCCUGCCGCGUCGGGCAGCCGACCGCCGAACCCAGCUACUCCCCAAGAACGAUCACGGUCACGUCAAGAGCAGCCAGCUCAGUCGCCGCAGCCACACCGGGCCAAGUCCUACAGCCGUUUGCGAAAACCCCCGAUGCCUCGAAGAAUCUCGUCCACCACGCCCCACCGCGGCGCUGUCUUCUCAGCCGAUGACGGUCCGACCGAAGUCGAGGCCGACGCUGUGCAGCGUGGUGCUCGCGAACGCGAAGCUACGAACUACGGGACGCGCCGCCGUGCUCAGGCUCCCCCGAGCCUUUCACGCGUGCACUCGCGACAAGAGGAGACGGAGCUGGACCCCGAGCCGACGACAUCGGAGCCUACAGAAGUCGAGGACGAAUCUCCAGAGGCCCUCGACGAGCACCCUGACGAGGAACCCUCCGACGAGCGCGUGGACUCGGACGAUGAUAGCGAUGUGAGUGACGCCGAGAGCUUCACGCUCAAGGACAGGCAGCAGGCCAUCAACCAGACCCAUCCGUUUGGUAUCCGUGUGUGGAAGCCCGCCUUGUACAAGAAGGAUCGCUCGAUCCAAAAGUCAGCCCAGGCUGAUAUCCAUUCGACGCCCGGAGGACGCGUUAACAGCUGGCUACUCCUGUUCAAUCUGAUCUGGACAUUGGCCUUUGGCUGGUGGAUGGCUUCCUUCGCUGCUCUGGGCGCCAUUGUGUGCCUACUGUUCGCGGCUGCUCCGAGCGGAAGAGAGUAUGGCAGGGUGCUGUGGGGCGUCGCUGGUUAUCUCUUCUACCCCUUUGGCAAGUUUGUCCGCCUGGAGAAGGACGAGGCAUACCUACACGAGGACCAGGAUGAAGGCCGCAGCAUCUCCGAGUACGAGCAGUGGCAGCAGGGCGACCUGGAAUAUGGUCGUCUGUUCUUCGGCCCCGAGAGCGAGAACAACCGGUCGAUUGUUGGGCGUUCGCGAAGGAGCCUUGACUCCGAAGCCAGCGAGACGGAAAGUCUGCUUGGACGUCGGCGGCGCGGCGAAGGCGCUGAAAUGCAUCCCCCAAUGAAGCGACGUCUAUUUGGUCGCGGCGAGUGGAACAUUGGCCGUGUUAUCUUCUUUGUAUUCUUCUACGGACUCAUCUCGCCAUCACUGCUGAUCGUGUCGGCCAUAUGCUGGUUCCUCGUCUUCUGGAUCCCCAUGGGUAAGGUUACCAUCUUGCUCUUCUCGCACCUACGACGACACCCUCUGGCGCUGUCUUUCGAGCCCGAUAUUAGUUAUUCGCGGUCGAGCGCGGCCCCGGACUCGUCCAUCUUGCUGUGCACAUACCGCGCCGUCGGGUCCAAGUAUUGGAAGUACACGAUUGAUGGCACCAACAUCUUCCUGAUCAACCUGAUGGCUGUCGUAGUCUUUGUUAUCUUCGACUGGGCGGUCAUUGAGAGGGUCCUCCAUGUGGAGAACUUCAUCACAUCGCCGGCGUUCCUCUUCACCAUGGGAUUAUUGUCAAUCAUCCCCCUGGCCUACUUCAUCGGCCAAGCCGUUGCCUCCAUCUCAGCACAGUCCUCCAUGGGCCUGGGUGCCGCUGUCAAUGCCUUCUUUGCCACCGUUGUCGAGGUCUUCUUGUACUGCGUGGCCCUGUCCCAGGGCAAGGGGCAGCUCGUCGAGGGAAGCAUUGUCGGUAGCAUCUUUGCCGGCAUCCUGUUCUUGCCGGGCUUGUCCAUGUGCUUUGGCGCGCUGAAGCGCAAGACCCAGCGAUUCAACGCAAAGUCGGCCGGUGUCACCUCCACCAUGCUGCUCUUUGCUGUCGUGGGAGCCUUCGGCCCGACACUUUUUUACCAAAUCUACGGAACGCACGAACUCCAGUGUCUCGACUGCGAUGAGUCCUUCUCCGACAAUCCGUUACUCGGUGGCUCCCGAGACUGCCGCAAAUGCUACUUCUCGCAAGUGCCAGCACUGAACGACCGCUUUUACCUCGAAGCUGUUCGGCCAUAUUGCUACAUGGCCGCCUCUCUGCUAUUCUUGUCCUACCUCAUCGGGCUGUGGUUCACUCUCCGCACACACGCGGCGGUCAUUUGGAAUGCCGAGGCUGAAGAGAAGCGCCACGAGGACAUGCAGUCGUCCAUGGUCCGCACAUCCCAGCCCACCACUGUUGGCGGCGAGAGCACCGGCACGGAUAUCAGGGACACGCAGAUCUACAAGCGCAUCCUUGGGCAAUCGCUGAAGCAGGCUGGCAUGCCCUCUCGCUCGGGAAGCCUGACUCGUCAAGGCUCUAGUGCCACGCAAGACACACUGAAUCCAAACGGCGCACCAGCCACGCCUCACGUGGUGCCGCCAAAGGAUGGGUCAAGCGAUGCAGCCCGAACCAAGAUUCAUGUCCCCGGUCUUAGUGAGGCCGACAACCGACAGCUUGUGAGGGAGGUUGCGGAAAUUGCGGCGACGGCUGCGACGCUGGCGCAAAGGGAGCGCCAGCAUCGCAAGCACUCUGGCCUACCGCACGGCUCGACCAACGCAAGUGCGACGCAUGGCUCUGCUGCUCAUUCUAAGACACAAGCCACUAGAGCCGGCGCCUUUCAUGAUGAGGAAGAGCCGGCGCCUGACGCGGGUGCUGGGCAGGCGGAACACGGUGGUCACGAUGCGCCCAACUGGAGUCGAACCAAGAGCACGGUCAUUCUUCUCGCGGCCACUGUGAUGUACGCCAUUAUCGCGGAGAUCCUGGUCGACACUGUCGAUGUCGUGCUGGAGAGCUUUGCGAUUGAUCAAAAGUUCCUCGGUAUCACAUUGUUUGCCCUUGUUCCCAACACCACUGAGUUUCUGAACGCCAUCUCUUUCGCCAUGAACGGCAACAUUGCCCUGUCCAUGGAGAUUGGUUCCGCAUACGCUCUGCAAGUCUGCUUGCUGCAGAUCCCCGCGCUCGUCCUUUACUCUGCCGUGUACCACACCGUCCCCGCCGGAGAGGACGUGGCGUCUUACACAUUCUCCCUCUUGUUCCCCCAAUGGGACAUGGUCACCGUCAUCCUCUGCGUGUUCCUUCUCAGCUACGUCUACGGCGAGGGGAAGAGCAACUAUUUCAAGGGCAGCAUCCUCGUGCUGACCUACGUCGUGGUGCUCAUUGGUUACUACUUUAGUGGUUUCAUGUCCGACGCUAUGGGUGAGGAACGAUUCGAUACGAUGGGCACCGAUGGCAAGUAUCAGACGUACAGGACGAUGGGUCGGACAAGAUCGGGGCACGCCUUCUAGAUGGAGGGGGUGUAGACAGGAGUGGAUAUGGAGAAGUAGGGCUGUGAUUGCGUACAUUCUUUGGCAUUGCAUACCAAGUCACUUGAACGAGC